AUGACUGUCGAUGAGAAAAUAGAAGUUGAAUAUGUGAAAGAGGCAAAGAAAGAGUUUGAUUUGGAUGAUAUCUUGACGAACGAGGUGGGGCAAUUGGGGAAGUACCAAAUUAUAACGAUUCUCUUAGCAACAUUUCCAGUUAUUUUCUCUGCAUUUGCCGCUGGAGAAUACAUCUUCACCACCGCUAGAAUACCGACCAGAUGUCUUAUACCACAGUGUGACGGCGCAGACCCUCCGUAUGCUCCGGAAUGGAUCCUGAACGCCAUUCCGGGGACUAGUGCUAGCAGCUUCGACAACUGCGAGAGGUAUCAGAACAGUUCUACAGUCAGCGACGGCGCGGGGCAGUGCCCUAAAGAGUGGUUCGACUCUACGCAAACUGUGGCUUGCGAGGAAUACGUGUAUGAGAAUCGGCUGAGCAUUGUGUAUGAUUUCGGGCUGGCAUGCGACGAGUGGAAGCGAUCUCAGAUAGGCUCCAUCCGAACGAUAGGCACACUACUGGUUUUGCCCAUCACCGGGUAUAUCUCGGACCGCUGGGGCCGUCGCGUGGCGCUCAUCAUCAAUGCCUUCAACACCGGCUGGCUGGGGCUCGUCAGGUCCUUCGUCAACUCCUACGAUUGGUUCCUGAUCACUGAGGUCAUAGAGUCUACUAUCGGCGCUGGAGCCUACUCCUCGUGUUAUAUUUUAGUUACUGAACUUGUUGGCCCCAAGUAUAGAGUCAUCGUAGGGACCACCAUGUCAACCAUGUUCGCGUUGGGACAAGUCCUCCUCGGGUUGAUCGCGUGGGCCGUGCCCGACUGGCGCCCCCUCACACAAAUCCUCUAUGCACCCCAACUUCUUAUUAUAACAUACUUCUGGAUAAUGUCUGAAUCCGUACGUUGGUACAUGAGUAAAGGUCGAUACGAGGAGUCCGAAGUCAUCCUCAAAAAAGUUGCUAAAAUGAAUAAAACAGCACUGACAGACAAAUCCUUGCAAGCUCUACGUGCCACUGCAGAAGCUGCGAAGUUAAAGGAAAAGACUAAAGAGCCUUGGUUACUCAUUCUAGUUAUAAGAUCUCGCCGUAUGUUGCUGCGAUGCGUCGUUUCGCCGAUAUGGUGGAUCACGAACACGCUGGUGUACUACGGAAUGUCCAUUAACGCCGUGAACUUGUCGGGCAACCGGUACCUCAACUACGUGUAUGUGGCGCUGGUGGAGAUCCCGGGUUACUGGACCGCUAUCUUGUUGCUGGACCGAAUCGGCAGGAAGCCGGUGCUGAUCGGCGGUUACUGGCUAUGCGCGGGAUGUCAGUUCGCAUUCGCAUUCAUACCCAGUGGCUUCUACGGUUUAUCCCUAACAUUCUACCUGAUCGGUAAAUACGCUAUUGCCAUCGUUAUGACCUCGGUAUACGUGUACACCGCAGAACUCUAUCCCACCAAGUAUCGUCACAGCCUGUUUGCCUUUUCCUCUAUGCUGGGUCGCCUUGGGUCCAUCACUGCACCUCUUACACCUGCGCUGGCUUUAACAGUUUGGGAAAGUUUUCCAUCUGUCCUGUUUGGUUCAUUUGCUCUUCUGUCUGGGGUACUCAUAUUCUUGACGCCAGAGACCUUGGGUACGAAGCUGCCUGACACCAUGGAAGAUGCAGAGCAGCUGGGCAUGCAAAAACGGAAAUGA